CCUGGCAUACAGACAGGCAGCCAAUCAGUCAUACACCAGCAGGCGUCUGGAGAUCACCAGCUAAUUGUUUUUCCGAAAUUAUUAAGUGUUAGCCAAAAUGUGCAACAAACUCACCCUCUUGACUCUGACGUACGUCGUCGUGUUCGUCUCGGUAGUGCAGUGUGAUAGCGUUGAAACCAAGGAUUUCUUUAGCGAAGGCACAAGCGUCGGCCGUACGUUUGGUCACAAUGCUCUCAAACGCCUGUCGUUCAUCUUCUUACCCGUGAUGUUCACUCUGGGUGUCAUCUCCACACUCCUGAUGGCACUCGCCGUCAUCUCUGUGAAGAACUUAGCCAUUGGAGUAAUGCUGCUUAUCGUGGCUGUCAGUCAGGCUGUAUCCAGGCUGUUCUUAUCGGCCGCAUCGCCGGCCUCCUUGGUUCACCUACACCCUCGGGCUGAGCUGCUGCCAGCGCCCGCCAUCCCCGCCCCCUGGCCAGCACCCGGCCCUCUACUGUCGCCCUGGGCCAGAUCUGACAACGACGCCCCUAUCUCUGACUAGAUUAUCUAUAUAACUCCAGUGCCUGCUAGGAAUGUAUGAAGAAAGUCAUGAAGGAAUAUAGAGCACAGAAACUUGCAAAAAUAUGCUGUGCACAACAUAAUUGUCAUUUGCGAAACGAUUUUGUUUUGGGUCGAAUACCGAAGUCGGUAUGACCGGUCAGUAAGACCUUUGGGUUUUACCCAUACAUGCCAUAGUUCGUUAAUGACCGACAAAGGUCAUUCUCAUAAACAUCGGUGCUCCAUUCCUUCUUAUUUAUUGGAAAGAUUUAUAUAAUUUAGAUGGCACGUUUCCUGAUGACUCACAAUCGAAAACCCACCAAUCGAGUGAUCGCUACGGCUACCUCAACGACUGAGCGAAUCAGUUAAUUUAACAUGCAUUUAUUUAAUUGUUUAAGAAUUAAUUUAUUUUUAUAGAUUUACUUUCAUCUCAAAAAAGUAAUUAACUUUUAUCGAUGUCAUAGCUUCGUCUGCCUCUCGCGAAAACUGUGAGAUUUUGUGAAAGAUAGACGAUCGAAACUAAUUUUAAGUAUUUAUUCAAUAAAUGAUUCAAGCAA